AUGGUGACUAAGCAGAACAAGGAAAAGGCUGGCAAUAUCAGGAAAUCAGUCAAGUUUAAAUCAGGAGAAGGCUUUUACACGAAGAAGGAACGGCGACAGGCCCGUCUGACUUCCAAGAAGCAUGCAGAAGUGGUAACCACCUUGCUCGCUGACUGGGAGGUGCUGCGUCGUGAUACCACGGAGACAUCUAAGAAGCAUGAGCUCGUGGACAAGAUGCUGGCUGCUGCUAAAACGAAGUUAAUGGAUCUAAGUCAAGCGCAUGACACCUCUCGCAUCAUCGAGUCAAUGCUGCAGCUGGGUACGGAGGCGCAACGAUGGGCCAUCUUUGCGGAGCUGAGGGACCGUCUGCGCUACCUCGCCAUGUCCCAAUACGGUAAACACGUCGUACUCAAGCUCGUCAACUAUGGCGCCAAGGAGCAUCGUCUCGAACUCUUUAAGCUCUUCCGAGGCUACGUUGUAAAGCUCCUGCGUCACAAGCACGCUGCUGAGGUUGUAGAGAUGCUCUACAACGACUACGCGACAGCGGCACAGCGCGCACUCAUUCUGCAGGAGGUCUACGGUCACCAAUUUGCCCUCCAACUCACUGCCAACAACGUACAGCGUCUUCAGCAAGCCCUCGACCUCAAUCCUGACAAACGAGCUACAAUAUUGGCCAACCUUAACGACCUCCUCGUCACCAUGGUCUCCAAGGGUCUCAUACGUCUAAGCAUUGUUCAACAUCUCCUAUUGGAAUACCUCACCGUCAUGCUCCAGUCCUCUGACCUCCUCAAAAUCCAGACAACCACUACUACUACUACUAAGCUCGUCCAGGACAUAACGGAUCCUACUACAGAGGAAACUCCGACUCCACGUCGCGAGGAGCGUCUCUCCGCUUUAGUCGAGGCAAUCCUCGAAUCCGGUAUCGUCUCAAUGCUGCAUACGCGCGAGGGCGUGAAAGCCGCCUUGGCGGUGCUCUGGAUCUGCCCACCAAAAGAACGCAAGACCCUACUCAAGUCAAUGCGAACCUGUAUUGUCUCAACUGCAGAGAAUGAGCAUGGACAUAUCUUCCUGAUGGGUCUUUUGGAUUCGGUAGAUGAUACAAAACUACUAGCGAAAACUAUUGUAAAGGAGCUAUUGGAGGAUCUGGAGGAUGUGGUUUGCCACCCGCACGCACGCAAGGUCCUUCUCUAUGCCUUGGCCCCUCGAGAUCCUCGUCACUUCGCACCUGCACUCAUCUCCGCCUGUCUGGCUGGUGGCGACGACUCACCUUUCACCAAGAAGCCUCUCGCUGUGCGGGCCAUUGAGCUGCGCGCACCACUAAUUGGUUUGCUGCCAGCCCUCCUCCGUCUAGUUACCGAACCGAUGGGGGAAGAAGAGGGGGUAGAAGUUGGGGACCCGCUGAUUCGCCUCUUUGUAGGCAGUGUGGAACACCCUGCACCACUGGUGGAUAGAGCUAGGGUGGUUCUGCUCGCGGAGAUACUCAUCCGAAGCUCCGCCUACGAACUUCAAUUCUCCACCGCAGCCAACUGCUUCAAACGCACCGGGAGCAGAGAGGCCGAACGUCUUGUCGCGAUAGACACGAAGUCCUCCUCCCUCCUCACCCCAGAGGAUCUGGCAGUGCUGCGGCAGGCGCGGACUCGCGCCCUGCGUCACUUCGUGACGACUGUGCUGGCCCAGCCCAACUUCCAGCCCAUCGGCAUACCGACACCCCCAUCCCACUUCUCUGCUUCGGUCGAGGCCAAGCGUAUGCUCCAGACACAGCGCAGGAAACGUGCUCUCGCGAUUGCUGAGGCGGAAGGUGUCAAGAAACGAAAAGUGACAGUGAAAGCCUUCACCAAUGUAGAUGAGGAAGAAGAUGGGAAUGAGAAGUUGGGAAAUGCAGCUGAACCAAUGGACACUUCGACUGCCGAUGACGAUACUCUCCCCGCAAACGCUCCCUUUCUGGAGCGUCUAGAGGGUCAACUGCUUGUCAGUCGACUGUUGCAGAAUGAAAAGAAGAGCGAUUCACACGAAUUUGCUCGUCUCGUGUGUGAACUGGUGCCGGAACAGACCCUGCAGGCUUGGCUAACAUGCAACCGGUCGUGCUUUGCUCUGGUCCACCUUUACGAAUUGAAUGACGAGGAGAUAUGCGAACGGUUGAGGAAGGUGCUGUACUCUCAAAAGGACCUUAUAAUGGCUUCUCCAUUGCCUGGAGCAAAAAUUCUGGCAAAGCAACUGUAUUUGAAUGAAUUUAGGACAACGCAAUGCCCUUUAUUUCUCGAACAACAAUGUCAUAAUCACCGACCUUACACCUGCUUUUAUUGGCAUUUUCCUAAUCAGAAACGGAGGCGACCCAUAAAGAAGGUUGAUGGGACUUUUAACUACAAUCCAGAUGUUUACUGUGAUAAAUACGAUGAAAAUUCAGGCACCUGUCCUGAUGGUGAUGAUUGCCCCUACGCGCACCGGAACGCAGGAGACACGGAGAGGCGUUAUCAUCCUCGCUACUUCAAGACAGGAAAUUGCAUCUAUGAAACCACGGAGAGCGGUGCAUGUGUGAAAAAUGGACUUCACUGUGCUUUUGCCCACGGACCCGAUGACUUGCGACUGCCUGUAUACGAUAUCCGCGAAGUACAGGAUGCCUCUUCGUCCAAGGUUACUGUUAAUCUUCCUGCCAGUUUAGAGAAGGAACGGGUGCUAAGCGAGGACCCCACGUGGAACGAUAUGCUUCAUGUGAUGGCGCGCUACAAGACGGAGUCGUGUCGUAAGCCACCGCGAAUGUGCCGACAAGGAUACUCGUGUCCCUACUACCACAACGGGAAGGACAAACGGCGAAUGCCUGAGCGCUACUUCUACCGUAGCACACCGUGUCCUGCUGUACGACCCGCGGACGAGUGGCUGGACAGUGCACUUUGUGACGCCGGUGAUGCGUGCACCUUCUGUCACACUCGUACGGAACAGCAGUUCCAUCCCGAGCUUUCACUCGCAACCAAUCCGGACUUGAGUCCUAUCAGAAGCACGGCUAAUCCAUUCGAAUCCCACAUCAAGUAA